UGUAACUGAUUUGUGCAUCUUCACAGCUUGUGCAUGUGGGUGUUCAGUAUGGAAAUCUCUCUACGGCUUCUUUUGUUGACUGCAUCUGCAGUCGUUGCUAUUUCCAAGUCCAAAGAACCAGAAGACGCCACGAGACACGCUCCUCACGAUCCGUCGCCACUUUCUGACGUCGAGCAUGACGUCGACGGCAAACACAAUCCUGAAUACGAUCAAGAAGUAUUUUUGGGUAAAGAAGAAGCCAAGACAUUUAGUCAGCUAACUCCAGAAGAAUCCAAAGAAAGGUUGAGGCACAUUGUGAAGAAGAUCGACAAGGACAGUGAUGGCUAUGUCACACAGUCGGAACUGGAGCGUUGGGUGGACUAUAUACAUAAGAAGUACUUGUGGGAUGAGACGGAUAACAAUAUUAAAGAACAUGAAACUGAUGGAGAUGGUGCACUUUCAUGGGUUGAGCACUUGCAAGAAAGAUACGGACGAGAAUUUGAGGACGAAGUUUUAGAGAUAGCGGAAUACGACUUUAGGGAUACUCUUCGACGUGACAAACGAAGAUGGAAACACGCUGACAAGGAUGGAGAUAAUAAGUUGACACGUGAAGAGUACUUUCAUUUCUUGCAUCCCGAAGUGUCUGACCACAUGAAAGACAUUUAUGUUCAAGAGCUAGCUGAAGAUAUCGACAAUGACAAGGACGGAUUUUUGUCAUUAGAGGAAUACAUUGAUAAUAUUUACCCGCCUCAAGACAGAGUAAAUGAUACAGAAGAAGCAGAAUGGGUAAAAGUUGAGCGUGAAUACUUUCAUGAGCAACGAGACAAAAACAAAGAUGGCAAGCUUGAUAGAGACGAGAUAAAACGUUGGCUGACACCCAAUUAUGAUCCGAUUCAAGCAGAAGCAGAUCACCUUAUUUCUCACGCUGACAGUGACAAGGAUGGCAAGCUGACCGAGGCCGAAAUCAUUGAAAAUUAUGACGUCUUUGUGGGCAGUCAAGCUACUGAAUUUGGUCGAGCUCUCACUCGCCAUGAUGAAUUCAACCGUAUUGAGCAGGCCAUACAAGUGAUCUUGAAAGUGUUGCUGUGCUCUCUGAUAAUGUCCAGAAGUUCUAUUACACAAACUGUUUUGAUUGCACUGCAACUGUUGUCUGCAGCGUUUGUGCUCUGCAAGCCACCGGAUUCGGAUAAGCCUGCAGGCGAGCACGUGCACGGAAGAGAGAAGAUUGGAGAUACAGAACACUAUGUGGAUGGGGAGCAUAACCCGAAGUAUGAUCGUCAAGUUUUGUUGGGUGAGGAUGAAGCAACGGAGUUUGAUAAGUUGAGCCUAGAAGAAAGGAAAGAGAGGCUCAAAAUUGUCUUUCACAAGAUCGACAAAGAUGAAGAUGGACUUUUGACGAGGGAAGAGGUGAAAAAUUGGGUGAAUCAUGUUCACUCUAGAAAUCACAGGAUUGACACCGAGAAGCACUGGAAUAAGCAUGAGAGGGCUGACAAGGAUAAGUUGAGAUGGUCAGAGUUUUUAGCUCUAGGCUAUGGAGUGAGUUCUGAAACGGAGCUACAAGAGAGACGAGAUUUUACAGACACGUUCAGGCGAAGGCUCUUACGUGAAAAGCGCCGGUGGAUGGUAGCAGACAAAAACAAAGACAAGAUACUGACACUAGCAGAGUAUUACGACUUUCUUCAUCCUGAAGAUUCGAACGACACAAAACACGUUUACGUUGAGGAGCAAUUUGAAUUCAUGGAUCAAAACAGGGAUGGAAUGGUCACAGUGCAAGAAUACAUAGAUAACAUGUAUCUACCUGAUUCAAAAACGAAAGAUGCCGAAGAACCAGACUGGGUUAAGGAUCAGCGAGAGCAGUUUGAUCAAUACUUCGACAAGAACAAAGAUGGCAAAAUGGACAAGCAGGAAGUGAAGUUGAUGGUGUUUCCAGAAAAUUACGACCGCGGUGAUGCUGAAGCAGCACAUCUCAUUUAUCAUGCAGACACUGAUAAGGAUGGCAAGCUGACCGAAGCCGAAAUCAUUGAAAAGUAUGACGUCUUUGUGGGCAGUCAAGCUACUGAAUUUGGUCGAGAUCUCACUCGCCAUGAUGAAUUAUGAAUCUUUACACACAAUUUUCUCUCAAUCGCAUACAAAACGGUUGACAUAAAGUAUCCAUGCAGUUUUGAUGUCUGACAGUCUUUUGAUUUGAUGAUCAUGCGACAUGAUCUUUUUAUCUUCUCUGUUAUGUGAUUGAUGAGCAGUUUAGAUCUCAGAGUCUUUCUCUUUCAAUAAGCUUGCCAACUCAUCAGACUAUGAUCAAUUGAUGAGAUAGCACGGUAUUGUGUUUUCAAAGGUUAACAUAAGCUUCAAGUACUGCAAACAGAAACAUUGGUGGACCGGCCAUUUACGUACAACAUUCAGAUAGCUGAUUGAGUCAAUUAACAGACAGACAGACAGACAUGCAGACAGACAGACAGACAGACAGACAGACAGAUAGACAGACAGAAAAACAGACAGACAGACAGAUUCUAGCUCUGAUUGUAGAUCCGAUCUUGUGGUGUUUGACUCAGCUAGCUUCAAGAGCUAAUGUCGAAUUAGAUAUUGCACUAGCUCACCCUUGGAGCUCAGAUACCUUCCCCAAGUCAGCUGAGAUUGAUGCAGCA